AUCCGGGGAGGUCCCAAAGGCUCCGCCCCUGGACAAGAAAGCCUCCCCAGACACCUGCGGGAACCUUCCUCAUUUGUCCUCUGGGUGCUGGAGACCUGCAGGCAGAGGGCAGCUACUGGGAUAGGAGUCUCCGCUUUCCUGCGGCCCUCCUGCACCAUGAAGACCCAGCAGAAGCAGUGGCUGGAAGUAGCGAGCAUCUACCAUUACGUGCUAGUUUUUCUCUUCCUGGGUGCGAAGGGUCUUUUCUCAGCCCUUGUUUUAUUCUGCCUCCUCUUCACAUCCCUCUGGCCAUUUUCUGUUCUCUACUUUGCAUGGCUCUUCCUAGACCGGCACACACCCAACCAAGGUGGAAGGCGGUGUGAGUGGAUGAGGAACUGGACCAUUUGGAAACAUCUAAGGGAUUAUUAUCCUAUCAAGCUGGUAAAAACAGUAGAGCUGCCCCCUGACCGGAAUUAUGUGUUCGGCUCUCACCCACAUGGGAUCAUGUGCAUCGGAAGCUUCUGUAAUUUCGUCACAGAGGGCACCGGUUUCUCCCAGCUGUUCCCUGGGAUUCACCCCUCAGUAGUCGGGCUGAACUUACUCUUCUACCUCCCAAUCUAUCGUGACUACAUCAUGUCUCUUGGAUUAUGUUCUGUGAACCGCCGGGGCCUGGACUUUAUUCUGUCGCGGCCCCAGCUCGGGCAGGCCGUGAUCAUCAUAGUCGGGGGUGCCCAGGAGGCCCUGUUUGCGAUCCCAGGGAAGCAUCAUAUUGUUCUCCGGAAUCGCAAAGGCUUUGUGCGCCUGGCACUGAGGCAUGGGGCCUCCCUGGUGCCUGUGUACUCCUUUGGGGAGAAUGAUUCCUUCAGACUUAAGUCUUUUGCCCAAGACUCCUGGCAGUACCUGUUCCAGAUGACCUUCAAGAAGCUCAUGGGCUUUUCUCCUUGCAUCUUCCACGGCCGCAGUUUCUUCUCUGCUAACUUCUGCGGCUUGCUGCCCUUCCCUGUACCCAUCACCACUGUGGUGGGCCGCCCCAUCCCGGUGGCUCGGUGCCUCCACCCCACCGAGGAGGAAGUUGACCACUACCACAAGCUCUACAUGAAGGCUCUGCAGGAACUGUUUGAGGAACACAAGGAAAGCUGUGGUGUCCCUGCUUCUACUCACCUCACCUUCAUAUAGCCCUGGCCCUGCUCCUGCCCCACUCCCGCCCAUGAGCUCCUGAUCCCAGUGCGAUGAGACCCUCCCCCGCCCCCCACCUACUGCCACAUCUAGUCCUCCAAUAAAAGCUAGUUC